AUGCCUGGUAGGAACAUCACAGAACUGAAGACUGUUAUGACUGGUAGGAACAUCACAGAACUGAAAAAUGUUAUGACUGGUAGGAACAUCACAGAACUGAAGACUGUUAUGACUGGUUGGAACAUCACAGAACUGAAGACUGUUAUGACUGGUAGGAACAUCACAGAACUGAAGACUGUUAUGACUGGUAGGAACAUCACAGAACUGAAAACUGUUAUGACUGGUAGGAACAUCACAGAACUGAAGACUGUUAUGACUGGUAGGAACAUCACAGAACUGAAAACUGUUAUGCCUGGUAGGAACAUCACAGAACUGAAGACUGUUAUGACUGGUAGGAACAUCACAGAACUGAAGACUGUUAUGACUGGUUGGAACAUCACAGAACUGAAGACUGUUAUGACUGAUAGGAACAUCACAGAACUGAAGACUGUUAUGACUGGUAGGAACAUCACAGAACUGAAAACUGUUAUGACUGGUAGGAACAUCACAGAACUGAAGACUGUUAUGACUGGUAGGAAAAUCACAGAACUGAAGACUGUUAUGACUGGUUGGAACAUCACAGAACUGAAGACUGUUAUGACUGGUAGGAACAUCACAUAACUGAAGGCUGUUAUGACUGGUAGGAGUAUCACAGAACUGAAAACUGUUAUGACUGGUAGGAACAUCACAGAACUGAAGACUGUUAUGACUGGUAGGAACAUCACAGAACUGAAAACUGUUAUGCCUGGUAGGAACAUCACAGAACUGAAGACUGUUAUGACUGGUAGGAACAUCACAGAACUGAAGACUGUUAUGACUGGUUGGAACAUCACAGAACUGAAGACUGUUAUGACUGAUAGGAACAUCACAGAACUGAAAACUGUUAUGACUGGUAGGAACAUCACAGAACUGAAAACUGUUAUGCCUGGUAGGAACAUCACAGAACUGAAGACUGUUAUGACUGGUAGGAACAUCACAGAACUGAAAAAUGUUAUGACUGGUAGGAACAUCACAGAACUGAAGACUGUUAUGACUGGUUGGAACAUCACAGAACUGAAGACUGUUAUGACUGGUAGGAACAUCACAGAACUGAAGACUGUUAUGACUGGUAGGAACAUCACAGAACUGAAAACUGUUAUGACUGGUAGGAACAUCACAGAACUGAAGACUGUUAUGACUGGUAGGAACAUCACAGAACUGAAAACUGUUAUGCCUGGUAGGAACAUCACAGAACUGAAGACUGUUAUGACUGGUAGGAACAUCACAGAACUGAAGACUGUUAUGACUGGUUGGAACAUCACAGAACUGAAGACUGUUAUGACUGAUAGGAACAUCACAGAACUGAAGACGGUUAUGACUGGUAGGAACAUCACAGAACUGAAAACUGUUAUGACUGGUAGGAACAUCACAGAACUGAAGACUGUUAUGACUGGUAGGAAAAUCACAGAACUGAAGACUGUUAUGACUGGUUGGAACAUCACAGAACUGAAGACUGUUAUGACUGGUAGGAACAUCACAUAACUGAAGGCUGUUAUGACUGGUAGGAGUAUCACAGAACUGAAAACUGUUAUGACUGGUAGGAACAUCACAGAACUGAAGACUGUUAUGACUGGUAGGAACAUCACAGAACUGAAAACUGUUAUGCCUGGUAGGAACAUCACAGAACUGAAGACUGUUAUGACUGGUAGGAACAUCACAGAACUGAAGACUGUUAUGACUGGUUGGAACAUCACAGAACUGAAGACUGUUAUGACUGAUAGGAACAUCACAGAACUGAAGACUGUUAUGACUGGUAGGAACAUCACAGAACUGAAAACUGUUAUGACUGGUAGGAACAUCACAGAACUGAAGACUGUUAUGACUGGUAGGAAAAUCACAGAACUGAAGACUGUUAUGACUGGUAGGAACAUCACAGAACUGAAGACUGUUAUGACUGGUAGGAACAUCACAGAACUGAAAACUGUUAUGACUGGUAGGAACAUCACAGAACUGAAAACUGUUAUGACUGGUAGGAACAUCACAGAACUGAAAACUGUUAUGACUGGUAGGAACAUCACAGAACUGAAAACUGUUAUGACUGGUAGGAACAUCACAGAACUGAAAACUGUUAUGCCUGGUAGGAACAUCACAGAACUGAAGACUGUUAUGACUGAAAAUGAAUCCACCUAA